AUGGUCAUGGACAUUCCUGAUGGAGAUGUACUCAUUCACGCAGGUGACAUGACAAAUUACGGGUCUGAAAAAGAUUUGAAGAAGUUCAACGAACAAAUAGGUAAACUACCUCAUAAGCACAAGAUCGUUGUUGCUGGCAAUCAUGACUUGGGAUUCGAUGACACGGAAGAUCUCAAAGAACGCCUUCCACAAUACCAGGGUCACGGAACUCCGAAGGGCUAUAAUUUAUUGACAAAUGCCACCUGGUUGCACGAUAAAGGAGUUGAGAUCGAUGGCGUAACAUUUUUCGGCUCAUCAUGGCAUCCGCUCUAUGGAUAUCCAUUCUAUCGCCCUCGUCCACAACUUAAAGAGAAAUGGACAAAGCUACCAUCCAACCUUGACGUUCUCAUUACCCAUACACCCGCUUUAGGUGAGUCAACUCAAUCUGCCAAAACAAUUUGCAACCGAUAUCUAGACAUUUUCACUGACACGGCGCCUGAACGAUGGGGAUGUCGUUACCUCCUCGAGGAGAUCGAGACGAGGGUGAAACCCAAGUUCCAUGUGUUCGGUCAUGUUCAUCAAGGCUUUGGAGCAUUAUCAAAUGGGAAUACGACGUUCGUCAAUGCAGCACAGGCGGCAAAAAACAAUGUGAUCAGUAACAAACCUCUGGUAUUCUACAUCUCGAAAAAGUGA